GUGGGAUGAGCGCGAUGUCGGGGAAACGAUGCAGCUCGCGGGAGCGAUCGGGUACACAGUGCGUGGACAUGGGCUUGCAUCCACUUAAUGCAAUCAGCCGGGUUCGCCAAGAGCUCACGCUAACAGGGUGGAACAAGCUUUGCCAAGGCUGGAAUUGUGUUUCCAGGGAACUGAGAUGAAGACACCAUUGCUACGUCUACCUUGCGCCCCAUCUUCAUACAAAUAACGACUCGAUAUCAUUCUUCUACGGUUUUACAUUUUUGGCAAAAAUGUGUUUUUCAUGAUCAGUUUUUUUAAUUACUGUUAAGUAUUUAAAAAGUAAAAUCAAAUGUAACUAUAAUCAUGAAAUCAUAUAUCUAUAUUUUUUGAAAAUAAGCCACUCAUCUAUUUUUUUUAUCACAUUAACAUAUUUUACAUCUACUUAUAAAGUGCAAUUUUCUAUUUAAAAAAAGCCUUCUGGCACGUCCGCAUUUAAUUUUGGAAAAAUAUAAUUUUUUAAACAUUUCAGUAACUCGUGAAGAAAUUUAAAGUAGACUUACAUAGCCACGUAUUAUCACAUUCACAAAAGUAAUUACCACUUGUCUGCGUGAACACGCAGAACAACAACCACCACAAACCACACCACUCCACGGAAUAUCGCGCAAAUCCGAAUACAACCCGUCGCUGAUCCUGAGCGACGGCAGCCUCGCCAUGAUGCCCCACGGAUCAGCGAGGCCACCGUCGCUUAGGAAGCCGAGACGGCAGCGCAGAAGGACUCCCUUCUCCACGGCGGUCGCGCUCAUCGCCUUGCUGGCGCUGCACGCCGCGUCGGGGGCCCCGCAAGCCCCAUCGCCAUCGCAGGGCUCCCCGGACGCCCAGCCGGGCCCCGCGGCGCUGGUGGCCACCACCCUGCGCUACUCCGUGCCGGAGGAGAGCGCGCCGGGCACGCUGGUCGGCCGCGCGGCCUUCGACCUGGGCCUCCCGGGCCCCGCCGACCUCCGCUCGCGCAACUUCCGCUCGCUGCCCUCGGGCAACGGCACCGCGUACGUGACGGCCAGCGAGCAGAGCGGGGAGCUGCGGCUCAGUGGCAAGCGGCUAGACCGGGAGGAGAUCUGCCGGCACGGGGGCGGCGGAGGUGGCGGCGGCGGCGGUGGAGUAGGUGCCGGACAUUUUGUUGGCGGGGGAGGUGCCGGUGGCGGCAUCUCCUCGAUGGCGGGGUCAGGGCGUGCGGGAGGUUCCGAUGGAGACACGGACGCCUGCGUGCUGUCCCUGGAGCUCAUGCUGGACUCGCCGCCGCUGCUGGCGCGGGUGUUCGUCAGCGUCCUCGACGUCAACGACCACGCACCCAGUUUCGCCGAGUCGCUCGUCUCGCUGGAGGUGCCGGAGAGCGCCGCCGUGGGGACUCGACUGCCCCUGCCGCCCGCCAGCGACCCGGACUCCGGCUCCAAUGGACUCCAGCGCUACGAGCUGGUGCCAGACGGAGACGGCGGCGGCGGCGUCGACGGAGAGAGAGACGACGCGUUCGUCCUGCGUCUCGAGGCUGGAGGUGUGGUGAGCAACGGCCUGGUGGUGUGGCUCUGGGGCAGCACCGCCGGUACCGGUGGUAGCGCUGGCUCUGGCGGUGCUGCCGCCGCCGCUGCUGGUGGUGGUGGUGGCGGGCCCGGUGGCAUCAACGGCGUUGGUGGGGGCGGUGGAGGAGGCGGAGGAACCCCUCAGUCGCCCGAGCUGGUGCUGGCGCGAGCCCUGGACCGAGAGACGCGCGCGCGCCACUCGUUCGUGCUGCGCGCGUGGGACGGGGGCAGCCCCCCGCGGUGGGGGGCGGCGCGCGUCACCGUCACCGUCACCGACGUCAACGACCACGUCCCACGAUUCGAGCGCAGCGAGUACCUGGCGCGCGUGCGCGAGGGCGGCCCGGCUGGACAGGGCUGGCCACGAGGAGGCCCCCUCGUUGUGCUGCGUGCACGUGACCCCGACGAGGGUGCUAACGGGGAGGUUCGCUACUCGCUGGGCGACCACGUCUCCGACGAUAUCCGCCACCUCUUCGCUGUCGACCCCACGAGCGGCCACGUCACCUUGCGAGCUCCUCUGGACUACGAGACGGCGACGUCGUACGAGUUCUCGGUGCAGGCGCGGGACCUGGGCGUGCACAGCGUCCCUGCCCACGCUCGCGUCCUCGUCCGGGUGCUCGACGUAAAUGACAACGCGCCCAGCAUCGAGAUCAUGCCUCUGGCUCGCAGCACGGGCCCAGGGGAGCCGGUUUCGGUGUCGGAGGGGGCGCCGCCCGGCACGCUGCUCGCGCUCAUCCGCGCCACCGACCGCGACUCGGGCCCCAACGGGCAGGUGACGUGCACCCUCGCCGACACCGCCCCCCCACUCUCCUCCUCCUCCUCUUCGUCAUCGCCAACGACGGUCAUGACGGCGGCGACGAUGCCGAUGCGGCUCCCGUUUGAGCUGCGCCCGUCAGGCGACGACUGGACGCUGGUCACCUCUGGGCCGCUUGACCGCGAGAGCCUCGUAGGCCUCGCCACCGGCUCCGCCGCUGCCGCCACCGGUGCCGGCACCGGUGGACCGUACCACCACCACCAGCACCACCAGCAGCAGCUGCAGCAGCAGCAGCAGCCGCCGCUGCACACGCCGGCGCUCAUCAACCUCACGGUGGUGGCGACGGACGGCGGCGACCCGCCGUUGUCAUCCAGCGCGACCUUUUCGGUGCGCCUCGCCGACGUCAACGACAACGCCCCGCGCUUCUCGCGCCCCUCUUACGUGUUCCGCGUCGGCGAGAACAACAUCCCCGGCGCCUACCUGGGCUCGGUGAGCGCCAGUGACCCCGACGAGGGCGCCAACGCGGCCGUCUCCUACUCGCUGGUGGAGGCCACGCUGGACGGCAUGCCGGCCUUCACCUACGUGUCCGUAAACCCGGCGAGCGGCGCGGUGUACGCGCUGCGCAGCUUCGACCGCGGCCGCCGCCACCGGCUGCUGUUCGGCGUGGCGGCGAGCGACGGGGGCCACCCGCGGCUCUCGGCCACCGCCGCCGUCACCGUCCUCGUGGUGGGCGAUGGCGCCGUCGACGACGGCGGCGACCGCGCGGCGCCCGAGUUUUUGUCGCCCGAUAUGGGCGCCAACCGCAGCGCCGUGGUGAGCGCGCGGGCGGGGCUGCCCGCAGGCUCGCUCGUCCUGCGCCUGCGUGCCCGCGAUCCCGACGGCUUCGACGACGUUGAUGGCGUCGACGAAAGCGUCGCCGGGGCAGGGCCCGGCGGAGGCGAGGGGGGCGCCGCCGACGUCGUGGGCACCAGCUCGGGGCUGCGCUACGCCAUCGCGGCGGGGAACGAGGCGCGCUGGUUCCGCGUGGACCCUCGCCUGGGCGACGUGAGGGCGGCGCGCGACCUCCCGCGCCGCGCGGCGCGGUUCCGCCUCCUCGUCACAGCCACCGACUGCGGCGCCGGCUGUGACGCUGCCUCAGCCUCUGCCGCCGCCGUCUCCGACUCCUCGGCGCCCGCGGUGACGUCCACGGCCACCGUCACCGUGCUCGUGUCCGACCCCGAGGCAGGGCCUGACGCUGGAGCAGGCGACGCCGGCGGAGAGGGCGACCACCGGAUUUAUGAAGACAGCGGCGGCGUCGGCGUCGGUGGCGUUGGCGGCGGCGGCGCCGGGGGUCGGGGCGGCACCGGCGACGACGACGGGGGGAGGGCCUUCGCCACGUCGUUUGUGAUCAUCGCGGCGCUGGGCGCGGUGUCGUUCGCGCUGCUCAUGGCGAUGGUGGCCAUCGCGCUGCGCUGCAAGCACCACAAGGCGCGGCCGCCCGCGGACGGACACAGCAAGCGCGAGAGGAGGCGCGAGCGAAGGCGGGAGCGCGAGCGGAGGCGCGAGCGGGAGAGGGACGUGGGGGCAUGUGAGAAGCCCGUCACGCCACCCCUGGGACGAGAGCCCAGCGUGUACCGCUCACUGCUCCCGUCGGAGCUGACCAUGACGCGGCAGGCGGACGAGGCCACCGUCCCGUGCAAGGACGUGGAGGAGGAGGGCGGUGGCGGCGGCGGUGGCGGCGGAGGAGGAGGCGCCGGCGGAGGCACGGGGGGGCCAGGCGCGGGCGAGCGCAGGGCCUCCGUCUACGCCGUCCGCACCGACGGCGCCGCGUGCGGGAGCCGCCAGCCGGACCUCCUGCCUGUGGGACCUGAGCAAGCGAGGACUCACAAGUACCUGGACCCAGGGGCUUUGGGGGCCCGAAAUCCUCCACGCAGCGAGGCAGACAGGCUGAGCUUCAAGGACAGCGGACACGGGGACAGCGACACGGGCGCGGACAGCGACGCGGACACGGCGCGAGGGUCGCUCAGCGAAGCCGACGGCCCCACGCACGGCCCCACGCACGGCCCGCCCUGCACACACGGGCCACACGGGACGCACGAAAAAGUCGGUGUCCGCUGCACGGAUGAGUGCCGGGUCAUGGGCCACUCGGACUCGUGCUGGAUGCCCCACGACGAGCACCUCCAUCACCACCUUCACCACCAACACCACCUCCACCACCGGCAGCAGCAGCAGCAACAGCAGCAACAGCAGCAACAGCAGCAACAACAGCACAGCCACCAGCCGCCCGACCAACACCACCACCACCUUCACCAGCAGCAGCAGCAGCAGCAGUCGCAGCAGCCGCAGCCUGAGGUUCCCAAGACCGUGGGUGUACGAACCCGCGCGCCAGAGGAGCCGGCAGAAAAGUCCGGCGUCGAGCGAGUGCCGUUGGCCCAAUCACGGGGCCCGUUCUCCACCUUUGGCAAGAGCCUGGGGGCCUUCUCUUCGUCGUCAUCAUCGGCAUCGUCCUCAGCGUCGUCCUCCUCUUCGUCCUCGUCCUCCUCGUCUUCGUCCAUCUCGUCGGCCUCGGCGGGCAAGCCUCCGGAGAGCCUCUCGCUCAAAGAUUUUAAAACAUCCAAGCAGGCACCGUUGUCUGUCGGGCAGCCCCUGGCAACGUCAAAAUCCUCCACUAAGCAGCCCGUGUCUUCUCCUCCGUCAUCGUUAUCUUCGUCGUCGUCGUCAAGUCAAGCCGGGGAUCAAGGUGGGGGGAUGAAGGCCUCAGCCUACGAGGCCAAGCAUCCACGGCCGCCUCCGGGCACCGGCCGGGGCUGCGCCGAGACAGAGUUCACGGUGCCGUUCAGUCGCGACAUCGAUUAUGACGAAGCCGAUUUUGGUGGUGGCGGCGGUGGCGGCAGCGGCAUACGCUAUGAGCGAGGUGCACCACUACCGCCCUGCACCGCGCCCUGCUGUGCCGGCCCCGAUGCGGGGACGACCGCCAAGUCCCCCGACAACAGCCUUGGUGCCACCCGGCCAGUCCUCAGGCCCGGUCCUUACCCUGGCCCUGACCCCGGCAUUGACGCCGACUCGGGCACCCCGUACCCAUCGGAGGGCACCGAGCCCGGGCACACGCGGUUCGACCCCAACCCUAAUGCCAACCCAAAAGCAUACCGACCCAAUGUCAGCACUAACCCGGGAAGGCUUCACCCAAAUUCUAACACCCACUGUAACCCCGGUGCCAAUCUGAGCUGCCCAAGCACUGCAUUUACUAACCCCAGUGCAGCCCCGAACCCACACUCCAACCCCGUGUCCAACCCCCAGGCCAACGCCAACGUGAGCCUCUGCAGGCCUCCCGGGGUCGCAAGGUCCCAGGGAGGCCUCAUGAAACCGCGUCCCCACCCGAGGCCGGGCCACACCAAGGGCCUCUUCAAGGCCGGGCCUCGGCCUCAGGCCUGCUGCUCGCCCAGUCCGGCUACCGGGGGGCCCCCUCGCAGGCUACCUACAAUUCCUGAGCCCCUGCACGCAGAGACGGAUGAGACGGAGCUCGGGUAGAUAGGGCCAGGAUAAGAGGGUGUGUGUGGGUGACCGGCUUAAUGUAUGGUAGGACAGAUGACUGACACACAGACAGAUGGACAGACGGACAUAUGGAUGGAUAGACGGCUUAAACAUAUAGAUGGUUAAGAUUACAAAGGGUGGAUGGAUGCACAGCUGACAGAUAGUUGGCAGAUACUAAAAAAUGUGGUUGGAAGGCCAAGGGAGGGAUGAGUCGUGAAUAGUUGGCAAAGAGUAAAAAAAGAUGAACGGACAGAUGGACGGCGACAAUUGAUGUCUCGGCAGCUAAGGCUACGGUUAGGACUAAUAAGUAUGGAUGGACGCACAGAUAGGCACACGGAUGGGUUAACAGUUUACACUAGGAAGAACAUAUGAACGGAGGGCAAGGUCUAAGAAAGAUGGACAAAGUUAUGGCCAAAAAAAGCAGGCAGACUGCUAAGACUGAUGGUUAGCCAAGACUUAAAAAGUCGGAGAGUCAAACAGAUGGCUAAGAUUGAUACAUCACUUAGGAUCAGUGGUUAGCAUGGAUUAACAGAUGGUAGAUAGAGCACUAAUGACAAAGAGAGAGUCAGCUAAGACUUACAUAAAUGGAUUUACGGUUAAGGAGGAGACACAGCUCAGAUUAGAAGGACGGACUGACAAACAAAUGGCUGAGCCAGCCUUGGACACACGACGGAACGACAGACAGCUGGCGAGCGAACAACAGCGCACACAAGUGAACGGUUGUGCACGCGUGGUUCGUCAAACUCGUGCAGGUAGGGAGAACGGGAUUCGAAAUCAGGGUAUCAGCGGUGCCAUCUCGAUGGCACUGCCACAGAGAGUUUAAGCACCACUCCCAUCAUUAAGCAACACCCCAACUUCCUCCGCUGAGCAACUUAUAGACAGACAGACAGGGGUACAGACAAGACAGACAGACGUAGCAGAGAGUACCCACACAUAUUCACGCGCGCACCCAAGCGUGCACGUUCGCACACAUCUAUUAUGUGACGUCUGUGUUUAGAUUAUUAUUCAAGUGAUCUUAAAAUAGUGAAUAUGAUGUUUACACUCAUAGACGUUUAUGUCACUUUGCUAACCCCGCUGCGCACACUCCAUUCAAGGGAGAGCGGCUGAGUGGACACUGCGGUUGGAGUUGGAGACCUGUUCAAGUUAGCUGAAGGUUUGGUUCACGCUCACAAAACUCCCACCCCCCCCCCCCCCAUCUCUCCAGUUGAGGUGUGGAUUCCGCAAGACGAAAAUUACCUUUUACCUUCUGUUUCUUUGCCCUUAACUGAAAUCAAUACUCACACAGCUCUUGACAUUAGUGUGCCAACAUGGCUCUUAAUAACAAUAGCACCACCAACAUGGCUAUUAAUAACAUUAGCACCGCCAACAUGGCUUUUAAAAAAAGCAAACCAACAUGGCUUUUAACAAUAGCAAACCAACAUGGAUUUUAACAAUAGCAAACCAACAUGGCUCUUAAUAACAAUAGCAGACCAACAUGGCUGCUAACAAUAGCACACCCACGUGGCUCUUUAUAACAAUGGCACACCAACACGGCUCUUAAUAACAAUAGUAGACCAACAUGGCUGCUAACAAUAGCACACCCACGUGGCUCUUUAUAACAAUGGCACACCAACACGGCUCUUAAUAACAAUAGCACACCCACGUGAUUCUUAAUAACAAUCGCACGCCAACAUGACUCUUACAAUAGCACGCCAACAUGGCUUCGAACAUCAACGCCAUCAUUUUGAUGUGAACGGUUUUGAGCCUUAAUUAGUUUUAGAGUUUUACAAAUAUAGUUAUCUUUGGACCUGGGGAAAACCUUCGGUUAUUUUUAUCAGUCGCCAAUGGUAAUUUGUGAUUGCACUUAAUAUUGUUCUCGAAAAAAAAGAUAUAUUAUAUACGUGCAAUUCAAUUUAUUUUUUGCCGGGGUUUGGGCAGAGAUGAGUUGAGUGUUCUGUGGGAGAGACUGUGAGCGGUGGCAGCAGCAGUGUUGGUGGUGGCAGCCCCUUUAACCCUCUUAUACCACCCGGUUCCUCGACCCAAGACCCGAAUGUCAGAUCAAACGAGACGAAGAUUGUCUCUCUCUCUCCGUUACGCACACGUGCAAAACAUUCCCAUCGACCGCGCUAACAAGUAAUCUCAACGCGUUCCGACCCCUAAAAUAACGGACGCCGAACCGAAGUGUCAAGACAAGGGGGCGUUUGGACGCGUCCGCUGUGCAGGGUUUUAAACGUCGACAGGGGCUUCAUUUCUCGUUGAAUAUUUUCCCGGUUGUUGUUAGACUAGAAUGGCCCUUGGGACGAAACGAGUAUUAAUGGGUGGUGGGAGGGGGGGACGGUUUGGACGAAGGCCUAUGUGAGGUACACUGGAUGUGGUUUUGCCGGAUAUGAAAAUAUUUGUCCGGGUCGCUGACCCCGAUGGAAAUGAAGCCCCGAGUGACGGUGUUCUCCGGUGGUGAGCGUUCCCGUGUGAGUGAGUUUGCCGUCUUGUUCUUGUAUCCUUAGACUCGUACGCGUCACGAACCCGCGCUCCUUCUCCCUCUUCCAUCCUCCUUCAUUACCCUGAGUCAUCGUUCGGACCAAUUUCCUACAAAUAGUUUCCUCGUUACAACUGUGCGUUCUUUUCUGUUUGUUUUUGGUUCACCACUCCCGCCCUGCCUUGAGCUGCAGUCCGCGGUGCCGCAGAGCAUCCGUAUGUAGCUUGCCGGGUUUCCGAAAAGCGUUUUUCCUUCAAUGCGUUUGGAAAAAACCAUGACGGGAAAGAGACCAAUGACAAAGCAAUGCAAUUUUGUUCCAUAGUUGGUUGGCGUUGGGGAUGUAACAAUCCAUUCAUGAGUUCAACUUUAAAAGAAUAUAUGAUUCCCAUGGUCACGAUACAUGUUAUCGAACCUGUGCAAGCGUUAAUCGAUUAUUUUUGUGCUUUAUGCAAACCAAAAAAAUUAUCAAUUCUCGAAUCGAACCACGACCAUGAAUUGUUGGGGUGAAUUGUUACAUGCCUGCUCGGAAUUUGUCGCAAGACGCCAAUGAAAUGGAGCCGAACAGAAUAUUGGUUCCUUCCUGCUGAAAUACAAUCUCAAUAAUAGGGAAAUGAAACCACCUCCUUCUGGAACUCAUUGAGCAGGGAAACCUCGUGGUGUGUUCAAUUUGGCCUCUCUCGUCCAAAACUAGACGGGUGCACCUUCGGACUCUGUAGAAGGGCUGCGUAUGUCAGUCGGCCAAACUACACACGUACAAUUUGUGUCGCUCGCAGCUGGGAUGAGCGGAAUUCAGUAGAACGCCACCUUUUGUUGCGGUGUGGAGCCAUUGGUCACUCGGCUGACGCAUGCCGUACAACUUGUAAAUCUGGUGGAAUCAUUGGGUGACCGGAACCUGGGGCCUGAGUACCGAACGCUUACGCAAAUCCUGCACUUGUGCGUUGUGUGUAGGCCACAAUUUGCCACAUUUCCGAUCCCCCUUACGUGAUUUACACAAAGUUGGGAAAGCACAUUUACGAGAGGUCCAGCGAGUGAUGUGGAACAAACUCAAUUCCGCCAUUCACGUCCACACACGCGUGCAAUCUCACAAACGCACGCACACAGACACUAUGACAAAUUCACACAGACACACUAUAACAGACACAGACACUCGCACGCAUACACACACACGCACAGCAUAGACACAUACUGUCACAAAUAUAUAAAUAAAAACAUUCCCAUAUAGCCUUUUAACCGACUUCUAGCAAGCACCUAUAAAGGCCGACACUGCAGACGAUAAAUACAAACACAUAAAAUGCAAUCUCUCACACGCACAUAAAUACAUUCCAACGCAAAGUAAUACGCUCGAACACUUGCAUGCAUUCACUCUCGCACUACUCGCACAAAUAAUUCGUAAAAAAAUACUCAUAAAAAACAUGAUUAACUUACAGCUUGCCACAGACAGGAGCAUUGAUGUCUUCACGAUGCCCAUGUUUCACAGGGACUUGAUGCAACGACGACAACCACGUUGCACCAAGAUUUACUUUCCUUUGCAGCUGAUUGACUGGUGGAGUGGCAGUUAUGACGUAAUUCUAGCAACCACUGUGUGGCAGUGACUUGCACAAAUGCUCCGGGGGGGUUUCCCACUUUGCGAUUUCGGAGCUUAACACAACUCGCUUCCUGGUGUGAUUUGCACAGUUCAUUCUGUACUCGGUGCCUCUGGAUUCAAACUCAGGAGUUCAGCAGUGCUGGCUCAGUGCUCUAACACGGCCUUAGCCGCUAUUAUAUAUAUAUAAUGUUGAUUAAACAAUAAAGUGACCUAUACUGGUGGCGAAAUGCGGUUAACCAUAGUUUAAUAAAAAAUAAUUAUUUUACUUUAUACAUUAAUACAUAGUACGUUAUUUGUAUAUGAAAAAAAGAGUCCAAUUGUAACUUAAAUUUGCCAGUGUGAAGGAGCGCCAGAUGGGUGCGGGGGUAAGAAAGUCGUGUGAUUGUAGAGACACCGAUGAGAGCGGGUCCUGCGGUGCCUCUUUCAGCACCGUUCCCCGUGGCCUGGUAGUGGGAGGCUCUACCAACUAUCGGAAACAGCAGUUUCUACCGGUGGCAGUCUCUUGCUCCAGAUCGAGGCCACAACAUCCAUCUCGGGUUUUCCAGUCUCAAAUGACAAUACGUGCACGUGGACUAAUUGAUAUUUGAAGGCACAGGCAGCGUGCGGUGACAAUGAUGAUGCUGCUGUACAAGUGCAGGGCCCUUACCAGACCAGGUUCUCCUGGGAAUCUGUGUAGGCUGCGUUCGCGAAGAUGAAGCUAAUGCCAGCUCACUUGAGUUUCUCAGUUGGUCUCUACGUGAGUCUAGGGGCCUCUGUGUUAGCUAUGUGAGUGAGUCAGUACGUCUCUAGCACUGAUAAUGAAACCGAUGGCAGUGCAUUUCAGUUUCUCAUUGGAUUCGUGUAUUAAUCUGUGGGUCUCUAUUUAAGUCUAUGGGACUUUGUACAAGUCUAUAGCUGUUUGAGUCAAUGAGGUCUCUAUAUAGCACUGGUGAUGAAGCCACUGCCAGCUUAUACCAGUUUUUUUUUUAAUCCACCUGCACGCAUUAAGACCCGAGACUGGAAAGUCCGAGGCAGAUUUACUUUGUUGCCUCCACUACACGUGAUAUAACCGCAGGAAGAAAACGAGUCCCAAAAAAUAAAUUGUAUGGAGAAUCCUACAGGUGACGCCUCAAUGAUUCCACAAAUUAUGGUGCGGUACAAACACAAUGUGAUGGACAAUGGGAACUCGAGAAACAUCCAUCACACCUCUCUGUUAGUUUUCUCUUAAUUUGUACAGAUGGCAGCAGUGGUAGAGUAAUUAGACAUGCACAUAGCAGUAAUGAAUUAGAGAGUAGCGGAUAACAUUUCCAUUGUUUUAAUUCGUAAUCCCCAAUGUCGUUCAUCUUAGCGUGGUUUUGUUUGAAUGAUGAAUCACGAGUUGAUGCGAGUAUAGUGAACCUACAGGCAAACAGUCGAGUAAGGAAUUGGACUAAAGAAGGAGUGAGCCUGAACCAUAAAAAUACAAUCGGUUAUUUGUAUAGCAUCUAGAUACAACCUCAGCUCAAGAUGCUGCACAUAAUCAAUACGUAUAUUGAUGUUAAAGAGAAACACGCAGCAAGUCAUCAGCAGAUGGACAAAAAAGCAGGGCCUUGAGCCUGGAAAUAAAAAAGGCACAAGGACAGCUCUGAUGGCUGGGGGAAGGAAGUUCCGGAUUAUGGUAGCAGCAGAGGAGAAAUAUCAAUCUCUCGCCGUGUGAAGCUUGACGGAGGGAUUCGCCGAAAAGCAUUGGUUGUUUUAGGAAAGUGUCACUGUCCUCUGCUUCACAGGCGUGUAUCACUGCCGCUGCCGUUAACUUACCGCCCCCUUGUCACCAUAUGUCCUGUUGUAGCGGAACUCUUAGGGAAGUGGCGAAGGAUGUUUCAGGAUUUCCCAAAGACCACGGUUUUGCAAAAAAAACGUCCUAACUACCGUAUAACUGUUUGUGGUGACUCCCUCAUAUCAAAUUUUCCAACAACAAAAACGCUUUACGGAAACCUGGCCAUAGACCAGUCGUGGCCUCUGCACAAUGAAUAAGCUGUGCACAGCCUAAUAAUGGUGCUACUGGGAGUCUUCCCAUUUUAGAUGCGGACACGACUCAGACAAUGGAUUCGUUUAGGAAACACAAGAGUUGCCGAUCGAAGUUUCCCCGAUUGCGAACGUAUAUCGAGGAGACCCCAAAUCGACAGCUAUCAGAAUCCCAGACUGCUUUGCACCUCGUGUGGCUGCACGCUUGAGCCGAGGACUUUUUCAUAUUCGGCGGGAUCCGCGGGGCUGCCCGGCUCGGCGAUCUAACCCGAGCGGAGGGUAGCUUUAGUUGCGAUUUGAGCCGGCACCCACAGGCGAAAGGUGGUGAGGGCUGGGCUAAUCCCCCCCCUCCCCCGCCACCUCUAAAAUAUUUACCGGUUUUUGCAUUCAAACAGCCUAUAGAAAAAACCCCUCUGCAAUCGAUACUCGUCAAGAGAGCGCAAAGGUCACCACUAGCAGAGAGAGAGAGAGCACGCAGUUGGUACUGGGCACGGCAGCCCCGUGCCCGUGGGCUGCUCCGUCUACCGUGGUGCCGCAUGUCUGCGAGUGGCAACCUUGUGCGCUCGCUUUUAGACAUUUGCAAGAGCAACAAAGUAACGUACGCUUCUGUCUUGAAAUAAUGCGAGCCACCACUGAGAUCCUGGGCUCGAAUAUCAGACCCCUCAUUGGCAUGGUGUGACCCAGGUGGUCUUCUGUAGCGAGUUUUAUAACCUCAGCCAGGGUAAAAUACGAUUAAUAUGUAUUUAGGCAUUUUACAAAUUCUAAAAUGUUAUGUACAGUACUUGCAUUGUAUUGUCACAAAACCGGAAUUAUAUUAAACUCAUGUAUUUAAUUCAGUUUGUCAAAUUUGCAACACGUGAACCUUUAGGUUUAAUCUGGAAUUAGAGUCUUGGACUCGAACCUAAGUGCUCACACCAUGAGGAUGGAUACUCACCGACCUCGGACUUGAACCCACAACCACGGUGAUAUUCGUUGCAUUUAUUCACACGACCAGGCACUCGACGCCAGAAUCUGAGUGGUGCCAGACCACUGUACCGGCACGACAAUGAUGGAAACAUCCAGGACCCGGGGUUCAAACCCAGGACCUUGGUGGUGCCAGGCUCCCCGCGGCUCCCGGGCACACCGCAUCACCCUCGUUGUGAAAGUUCUCGCGGCAGUGAAUUAUUUUUUCGCAAAAAAUAGAACUUUUUUUUCCGCCAAAAUUUCAGUCGUGUGGUCGUUUACUCCGUGUCACGUUUAAACUUCACACAUUCCCGUAAGUCUUAGAUUUAAACUAUGAUAAUUAUGGUAAGCGUUUAAAAGAUGUUAGAAGUAAAAAAAAAAAUGCUAUACUAUAACUGGGUGUUUCUAUUUAUUUAAUUAUUUAUUUUUUUAUAAGCUGGGCCAGCCACUCCAUUACUUGAGCCUCUGUGUAAAAAAUAUAUAUGGCGCGGGCCACCACUUGUCUGGUAUUUGUUGAAGUCACAAUCAAAACGUAUGUAACUGCUGUAAAUUCGACCGACUAGACACCCUGUGACGGCGAGUUCUCAUUGCAAAUUUUGUUGUUGUUGUAAAAACUGGUGGGGGGGGGGGGGGGGGCGGGUUUUUUUAAACCUACAUUUUUUUAUGUUUAAAUCGCGACAUGAAAAUUGCAUUUUAAAAGAGGAGGGGGGCGGGUAGAGUCCAGUUGCAAUUUUUUUGCGUGCGUUUUAUUUGUGCGGAUAAACGCUACCGGUUGUCUGUGUUUAUCGACAAACGGGGGCAAAUUGCCAAGCCUCUUCAUCAAGAUGUUAAUCUCGCUUUCAGCGGUCAAGCAAAUGAGGCUGCCCGUCUCCCUGUUCAAACGACCGCGUCAGAGUAUCUGCCUCGGGAGUUGGCCGCUGUGAGCCGCCAGUGUGAAUGAAAGGGGAGGCAGAUUCUGAAUUGUCGAGAAAUGUUGCAAAAUCUCGAAAAGGCAUAUCGAACCUCAAGUAGGCUCUCACGUGGUUGAAUCAAGGAAGGCAAUUUUAAAUUUCCUUUAGCAAAAAAAUAAUAUUCAGCAGUAAUUACCGUCUCUGCGUACCAAUAUUCGUCACGGUCUCCACCCCCCCCCCCCUUCCAAAAGGAAUCAUUAAUCUCAAAUAUAUAUCACCUGGUUAAAUAUAGGAAUUCAUUAUGAUGAAUACAGAUUCCUAUAUCGAUACGCUCCCUGCGUGCCACAGAGGCAUGUACUGAUGACUCAUUGAUCAAAAUAAAAUUUUAUCAUCACAGUACAUGCCGAGUCAUGCAUCCAAGAAUCAAUAAUUGAUAAUGUAUGCAAAUUAUAUAAUGUUAUAAUUAUAUGAUGUUUGCUUUAGGCCAAUGGGGACAUUGCAUGAGGUGUGUCCAGGGGAAAACCACAUUAUAACCCACAAAAAACAUUUCCGGUAUGCGUAUUGUGAAGAUAAUCCAUGCUCGAGCUUCGUUGAGAUAGUUUCCGCCCCCUCUUGUCCAUUUUUUAUUUGCAUCGUCUCAACGGAGAUGGCCGAGCCUAUGAACUUAAACGCACUCUCCUCCCAUCCACUCUGUCCGCCUACUCUCAGCACAAAAGCCCUGCUUUCUGGACAAUGAGACGCUGGGGAUUGUCAAGUGUUUUCCAGGGCAGCCCUCAAUUUAGGCAAAUAAACAAGACCGAACAAAGGAGACGGAGCAAUACAUCGUCGCGAUAAUUCUUUGAAUGGCGCAGAGGUGGGGAGGCGGUGUGGCGUUACACGUAUAGUAUUAACAUUUCUCCAUGUCGAAUUUGUAAAAGAAAUCAAUGAUCACUUGGAUAAAGACCAUUGAAACCGAACCCGAAUUCAAUUGGGGCACCACGGUGGCGAGAUGUUAACUACCUCGCCUGCUAUGCAGGAGGUCGUGGGCUCGAUCCCGACCCUGACACCUGCUGUAUAUUUGGAGUUUGCAUGUUCUCCCCGUGGUCGCGUGAAUUUUUCUCCGGGUCCUCUGGUUUUUCCCUCCACAAUUAGAAACAUUCGUUUAGAGCAUUUGGAUGUAAUACAAUUCAACGUGGUGAGCCACUUCGUUGAGCCAUCAUUUGUGGCCAGGUCGCUACUGAAAAAGAGCUGUAUAGCUCAGUGGACCUUACCUGGUAAAAUAAAAAAAAUUAAGUAGAGUUUUUUAUUGACAUUACAAAACGAUCAUUAUAACUACGAGUAUAACCAUGGCUUAAUUUCUCACUAAAUGUUUCCGGAACGUUGCCACACUGGCUUGGAGUACAUUUUAUCAGCGUAAGGCACUACCACUAGAGUACAAGGUACACAUAUCCAUAAUAAAAAUAUCCUAUAUGAUUGUACCCUAUAUAUAUCCUAAAAACAAGUUUAUAAAAAAAAAACGAUGAGAACAAAUAUAGGGAGAGAUGGAUGUGGCGUGGCAAAUGUAAUUCCUGGAAUAGCGUUCCGGAUUGUUUCCGGCUGAAAUGUGAAACACCGAGUAUUAAUAUUGGUAUCCCAGCUUGAAUUAGCAGCCAGGCCAUGUCUCAUUUUGCAAGAGGUGACCAAAUCCUCCUGCCCUACCAACCUGGUUAUAUUAAUUCCAAAUGAAUUGCACUUAACUUGUAAAAUACGAGUACUGUACAAGCACGGGCAGAGUGGCUGCUGUCUGAGCAUGGUCCCAGGACUCCCUUGCAAAAGACGAUGCACCAAAAAGCCCCCCUGCCCCCGCCUCCAGUGUGGUUAAGUAAAGGACAUUGAAUAAAAGAGUUUUGUCGUUUGGACCUAAAGAAAUCGCGCUAUUUUUAAUGUUAUUUAAACAGCUUGCCCCCCCCCCCCGCCCUAAAAAAAAAUCUGCAACAAAUGAUGAAAAAAAUUACGUUUUAAAAUAUAUACAUUGUCUAAAGAUGAAUAUGGUCAAUGCGUUAUGAGUUCUCUCAUUUACAAAGUCACGAAGUGUCUCCCCUGCUCAAACGACUGUGGCGAACAGCGCUCCUCUCCAUUCGCAGUUGCUAGGCUAGCAGUGUACAUUUCCACAUUUCCAUGGCACGGGCCAGUCCAUUCCUAGCAUUACCACCGUUCACCUGGUGAUUGGCUGAGUUGACCCAUGGCAUUUACACUUAAGAAUGCCGAAUUUCCACCACUGGCCAAUGGAGAUGAGCACCACCCAGCACUCAUUUGAACAUGGGGGGGCACCUUGAGUUCUGCAUUUUAAAAAUGUUAUAAUAAUAAGACGAACUUUAAGAAAUGUUUCAACAAUAAUAAUCAUCAAUAAGGGUUAGAAGUCACUUAUUUUUGUCCGUGCGUGUGCACAGAUACAUCCGUGGCGUAAAGGUGUGAUGACUUCGAUUCCAGGUAGAUUUAUAAUGUGAUUUAACAUCCGUGUAUAUACUAUUUAAAUGUUUA